GGGUUGAUAAGGGCUACAGGCUCUUCUCGUUCCCUAAGGGUAAGAUAAAUGGGUUGACAAUAUGCGACGAGAUAAGUGGACACCGACCAUCUCUUCGCGAUUGUGUGAGGUACAUUUUGAAGAUUCCCAAUUCGAAGCUCACCGCAUUGAUGGCUGGAGAAAACUUAAACCGAAUGCAGUCCCAACGCUUUUCGAUGUGCCCAACCCCCCGCACAGUGGGUCGAAACAUAGCAAAACCUGGACAUAGGAUUCCAAUCGUUGUGCAA